CAUUUUUUCCCCUUACAUCUUAGUUUCUCUCUCUCUCUUUCUUGUGAUUCCCUCAAAACUCCUGUUUGUAUUCAUUCUUUUUCUCAGUUCUUACAUUACUCUUUCCCAAACAGCAAAGCAAAGCCAAUCGUGCCUCCCUCUCUCUAUCCUCUUUCCCUCUAUACUCUAGAGAGAGAAAAAAAAUCAAAAAUAAUAUACAUAUUCACUGACGGAUAUUGCAAAGAGGAAGAAAUAGACGUCGCUGGAGAUGCUCCGGCAAAUCCAUUUCCGGCAAUAGUUCAAACCGAGUUGCAGUAUUACAACACCAUUUUUGACAUUAUUGAGGAAAAAGGUGAAAUGCCUGAAACUUUGAUAUUAUCGAAAAUUACUAAGGAAGUGGAUGAGGAGGAAAAAGAGAAGAUGCUAGAAACCACUACAGCGACAACACCGAGGUCAGUUAUCAUCAUUCCUCGGAGCAAAUCCCAAGCAGCAUCCCGGAGAGUCAUUCCUACGGAUAGUACAAUCACAACAGCAUUCGGUACAACCAGUACUAGCACUACUACAACCUCAAACGCAGUAGAAAAGCACCUUCCUAACGGGGAUCUGUACAUAGGUAACUUCUCCGGCAGUUCACCUCAUGGAUCCGGCAAGUAUUUGUGGAAAGAUGGGUGUAUGUACGAAGGGGAGUGGAAAAGAGGCAAAGCAUCCGGAAAAGGAAAGUUCUCGUGGCCAUCUGGAGCUACAUUCGAAGGCGAAUUCAAGUCGGGUCGGAUGGAGGGUUCCGGUACUUUUAUCGGAUCCGAUGGGGAUAUGUAUAAAGGUUCAUGGUCCGCGGAUCGAAAACAUGGCUACGGGCAAAAACACUACAGUAAUGGGGAUUAUUAUGAAGGGCACUGGAAGAGGAAUUUACAAGAUGGACAAGGGAGAUAUGUUUGGAAAAAUGGUAAUGAGUAUGUUGGUGAAUGGAAAAAUGGGGAUAUUCAUGGUAGAGGUGUUUUAAUUUGGGCAAAUGGGAAUAGGUAUGAUGGGAAUUGGGAAAGUGGUGUUCCUAAAGGUCAUGGGGUUUUCACUUGGCCUGAUGGGAGUUGCUAUAUUGGGUGUUGGACCAAGAAUCAGCAACAGCAUAGCCAAAUUCUUAAUGGUACUUUUUAUCCAGCUAACAACAAUAAAACGAGUUCUAAUAAUAGUACUGAUUUCAGUGUUAAAGAGGAUGCUUUUUUGGGGGGAUUUUUUGGGCACAAGUUAGCAGCACCUUUAAUGGAAAAUGAUGAUUGUGGUGGUGGGGUUGUAGUGAUGAAUAUGGGGAAGAAAAGGUCAUCAGUAGAUGGAGCAAGGGGAAGCAUGACAGAAAGAAAUUUUCCAAGGAUUUGCAUUUGGGAAUCUGAUGGUGAAGCUGGUGACAUUACUUGUGAUAUUAUUGAUAAUGUAGAGGCCUCCAUGAUUUACAGAGAUCGCUUUGGGUUCGAUCGAGAUGGACUUAAGCAGUUUAGGAGAAAUCCUUGUUGCUUUAGCAGAGAAGAAAAGAAGCCAGGACAGACUAUAUCCAAAGGGCAUAAGAAUUAUGAUUUGAUGCUCAAUCUCCAGUUGGGCAUUAGGUAUUCAGUUGGGAAGCAUGCUUCGAUAUUGCGGGAUCUUAAAACUAGUGAUUUUGAUCCUAAUGAGAAGUUCUGGACUAGGUUUGCUCCGGAAGGGUCCAAGAUUACACCCCCUCAUCAAUCUACUGAUUUCCGCUGGAAGGAUUAUUGCCCGGUGGUGUUUAGACAUUUGAGGGAACUAUUCCAAGUGGAUCCUGCAGAUUACAUGUUAGCAAUAUGUGGAAAUGAUGCCCUAAGAGAGCUUUCUUCUCCGGGGAAGAGUGGAAGCUUCUUUUAUUUGACUCAGGACGAUAGGUUUAUGAUCAAAACAGUGAAAAAAUCAGAAGUCAAGGUGCUUAUUAAGAUGCUUCCAAGUUACUAUCAACAUGUUUGUCGUUAUGAAAAUACACUUGUCACAAAAUUCUAUGGUGUCCAUUGCGUCAAACCAGUUGGUGGUGUCAAGACACGGUUCAUUGUAAUGGGCAACAUGUUCUGCUCAGAAUAUCGUAUUCACAGACGCUUUGACCUGAAAGGUUCCUCGCAUGGACGCACAACAGAUAAACCAGAAGGAGAAAUUGAUGAAACCACUACCCUUAAGGACCUUGAUCUGAACUAUGUGUUUCGUCUCCAGCGGAACUGGUAUGAGGACCUGAUCAAACAAAUCGAUCAUGAUUGUGAAUUUUUGGAAGCUGAGCGAAUCAUGGACUACAGUCUCUUGGUUGGUCUUCACUUCCGAGAUGAUAAUACGGGUGACAAGAUGGGUUUGUCACCAUUCCUCUUGCGUACUGGAAAGACUGAUUCAUACCAAAAUGAGAAGUUCAUGCGUGGUUGUCGUUUCCUCGAAGCUGAGCUACAAGACAUGGAUAGAGUUCUUGCUGGCCGGAAGCCCUUAAUUAAGUUGGGUGCUAACAUGCCUGCAAGAGCAGAGCGGGUGGCACGAAGGAGUGAUUUUGAUCAGUAUACUCCUGGUGGGUUCUGUAAUAUGCCUCCUUCACGUGGGGAAGUCUACGAAGUAGUCCUAUACUUCGGAAUCAUUGACAUCCUGCAGGAUUAUGAUAUUAGCAAGAAGCUCGAGCAUGCUUACAAAUCCUUGCAAGCUGACCCAACCUCAAUCUCAGCUGUAGAUCCAAAACUCUACUCGAAGAGGUUUCGGAAUUUCAUAGGCAGAAUUUUUGUCGAAGACAGGUGAUAGAUAGGGCAAGAGAAUGAAAAAAUCAACAGCUAACAAAAAGUCUGUUAAAUUAUAAAGAUUCUUCAAUGAAUCUGGAAUCCCAAGUGGUGUAAAGCACAUUGCUUGGAAUGGUUGGGCGGCAGCUGCUCCCGGUGGUCAUAAUCGAAAAAAAUAUUGGCUCCGGCAGUCAUGGUCGAAGACAUUUUUUGGCUUGGAUAUACUAUUCAUGCGCGGUGCUUGGUGGGGUUAGUGGCUGAAUUUUAUGGAUCAGCCACUGGUUGAGUGUAAGUUCUUUGUACAUUCCAUGGGGGUGGUAAGAAGAUAAUAUGAGUUAUUUUUUGUUUUAGUUUUAGGGAAAAUUUUCUUCUCUUUUGGGUGACCAAGGAAUGUGAAGAUUUGAAAGAUAAGCAUAGGGAACUGAGCAAGUUUCUCAGUGAGAUUCAAAGAAGAUUGGAGUGGGGGAGGAAAGGACUUUUAAAUAAUCAAAAGUGUACAGCAUAUAGGAUGAGGAGGUUGAAUAGAUUAUGAAAAAAUAUAUGUAUUUGUGUGAAUGUCUAAAUUCUUAUUAUUUAUGAUGUUUAUAGUAAAGUGACUGCACGGAAGAAGUAUGUCUCUGUCAUCUCUGCUGCUGGGGUCGGCGGGGGGGUGGUGUCAUAUUGGUUGCUUUUCUUUUGAUAGCAGUGAAAGAAAGAAAGAGGCAUUGCAUUGGGGACAGAGGAAGAGAGUUUUUGUAUACUGAGAGUAACAUGAAAAGGGGAGAAAGCAGAGACUAAAGAUGCGCUGGCUGGUCCUCUCACUUUUGUUUUACUGCCCUUUUACUGUGUUGGAGUUGGCGUGGGUUUGUUGAAUUUGUCCCUCUUUUGCUCAUAGAGUGAGUUUACGAUAAAUGGGGUUGUCCUUUCUGCACCAUUUGUUUGGUCGUGUCAUAACCGGAAAAGAAUUUGUAUGUGUUGUAGUCCUUGUCAUUUAUGAUUAUAUAGAGUAAAAAUGAAAGUGAAAUAUA